AUGGAUUUUGUAUUCCUCUACUUUGGGUGCCUUGGUUUACAUCAGCAGAUGCCGGUGGGAAUUCCUCACCAAAAGAAUUCGUACAAAAAGCGCAAUUCAAUAGCAGACCGAGCCCCUCAUGCAAUGGGGAAGGCGGUUGUGUUAACGGUGGCGUUCCGCAAUCUGCUUGGCAGAAUGUGCCGCCAAGAAUUUCGAGGGGCCCGCCAUCUCUUCUGGAGGGCUGUGUUGCAAAGCGGCCUUCGUACGCUAGAGCAUUCAGCGUGCACCAGGUUGGGGUUGGGUGGGGGGAAUUUCGGGGAAACGCCUGGCCAGAAAUGGCAAAUACCCAUCCAGAAGCGAGGGAUUAAAGGGUUUGCCUUAUUGGGGUCGUGUAAAGCCCUUCUUGGAUCCAAAAGUCUUGCGUUUUAUUAA